AGAUGUCCGGACUAGGCCGAUUUCUUGCGCCCGCCAUCACGUCCCAUACCCAUAAACCCGUCGCCGAGGCACAUAUCCGAGCCGCAGGUCACCGUAUGUGCCGCACGCCGAGCGACGUGCACCCGAACCGGAUUACGACAUUUAGCUUGCAGGACAUUUAAAGCUCGCUGGCUCUUGAGUCGGGUACAUCACCAUCACGGCCCUCGCCUUUCCUUAAGUCUAUCAGCGCCAUGCUGUUGCCAUUGCUGACCCUGGUCUCUGGGGCGGCGCUCGCUGCGGCGAAAGUUAUCAGUCUCUCGGAACUCCAGUGGACAUUGCAGAACGCAAAUGGUUCGAUCAAAGUUCCUGCUCAGCAACCAUCUCAAGUUCACUUGGAUCUGAAGGAUUCGAGCGUCAUCACCGAGCCGUUGUUGGGCAUCAAUGACUUUUCUGAGAGGUGGAUCGUCACUGACAGCUGGAGCUACCAAGCGGACCUGAGCUCUGUGAUAGCUCAGCAUUCGCAGGGCAAUAACACUACCAAGACUCUUCUGGUCUUCUACGGGCUUGACACUGUUGCCAACGUCACCGUAGCCGGACACAUUGUCGCAUGGGUCAACAACCAGUUCCAACAAUAUGUCUAUGAUGUCACCGAUUACCUGAUUUCGCCUUUGGAAAACGACACGUCUCUGAACAUCUCGUUCGAGUCCCCCAUCACCUACGGACAGAACAUCAGUUCCCGUGCAGAUGUAGAAACGGAGAUUGCGCCUGCCUUUGAAUGGCCUGAUGUGCGCCAAUUCAUGCGCAAGAUUUCCUCUGAUUUCGGAUGGGACUGGGGACCGGGUUUCGCACCUUCGGGCAUUUUUAAGCCCGCCUAUCUGGUCACGCUGUCGGACUCUCUAGACAACGAGACAGCGGAUGCUCCCGUUUCGCACCCCCUUCUCGUCUCCCAGUCCAACGGCAUCUUCAUUGAGGAGUCCGCCCUUGAGGUUUCCAAAGUCGGGCAGAGCCCGAAUGUGCGUCCCAACGAGUCCGCGGACUGGCUCGUGAAUGUCACGCUCGCAGUCCGCUCCAUUCGUGCCGAUCACAGCCCUGUCGUCACCGUGUCCAUCCCCGAGCUCAACAUCCACUCGGGCCCGCUCAAGCUGUCGUCGAUCCCCGCGACGACCAACGCAUCUACCUUUGUCAGUGCGACGUUCACCGUACCGGAGGGCGAACCAGAACGCUGGUUCCCUUACACUCUUGGUACGCCGAGGCUGUACAACUUCACUGUUACGCUGAACAUCGCUGGACUACCCGCGGCGUCGUACACCACUCGCUCUGGCUUCCGGACGAUCUUCCUCGCUCAGACGCCGUAUUCGCAGGAAGAUGUGGAACAGCGCGGCAUUACUCCUGGCGACCAGUGGCAUUUCGAGGUCAACGGCAAAGCCAUCUACUCGAAGGGCUCUAACCUUACCCCGUUCGAUGUCUUCUAUGCGCGUACCACUACCGAGAAAGUCCGCUGGAUCCUGGACAGCGUGGUCAAGAGCGGGCAAAUCAUGCUGCGCGUUUGGGGCGGAGGCAUCUACCAGCCAUCGGACGAGCUCACCGGCGGGUACGACUUCUACUCCCUUUGCGACGAGCUCGGCAUCCUCGUUUGGUCCGAACUUGGCUUCUCCGACGCGACGUACCCCAUGAACGACUUCUUCCUGGAGUCGGUCGAGCGCGAAGUGCGGCAGAACGUCCGGCGUGUGAAGAAGCAUCCCAGCAACGUGCAGUGGGCCGGCGGCAACGAGAUCGAGCCUCUGCUCAUCAUAUUCAACGCGACUACGGUUCCGAUUACCAUUGGGAAUACCACCAUUGGCCCCGGCCCGUUAGACCCUCGCUUCAUCAACAACUACGUGGGGCUCUUCCAGGACUUCCUGCACGACAUUGUCUUGCAGGAGCAGUCCUCGGUGGCAUACACUGCCUGUUCAACGACGAACGGUGUUCUGAGCUUGGAUCCGUACGUUCUGCGGCUGAAUAAUGUGACUGCUGGCCAUAUCUACGGCAACACCGAGCUUUACAACUACGACAGCUCUCAGUCGUUCAACUACAGUACGUACCCGCUGGCUAGGUUUGUGAACGAAUUCGGCUUCAUCUCCAUGCCUUCCUUCUACAGCUGGGAAGAAGUCCUCGAGUCCCCCGACGACUUCGCAUUCAACUCCACCGUCGUGAUGUCCCGCGACCACCACUCGCCCGCCUUCGGCCUCGACUUCCCCAACCCGAAUGCGAUCGAGGGCCAGAUCGAGAUGACGCUCGCCGUCAAGCAGUGGCUGCCGACCCCGGGCACAGCGGACACGAACCAGACGUUCGCGCAGUGGUGCUGGAGCACGCAGGUGUUCCAGUCGCUGUACAUGCAGUCCGAGAUCGCGUUCUACCGCCGCGGCUCCGGGCGUGGCGAGAACAAUCUGGGCGCAAUCAUGUGGCAGCUGAACGACGUCUGGCAGGGCACGAGCUGGUCCGCGAUCGAGUACUCGGGCCGCUGGAAGGUGAUGCAGUACGGGCUGACGAACAUCUUCACGCCCGUCAUGGCGUUCCCGUUCUGGGUCCCCGAGACGGAGACCCUCGAGGUUGCGGUCACGUCAGACCUGUGGGAGGCCGUUCAGGGCACCGUGCAACUGACGUGGUACGACUGGCAUGGCACAUCCCUCAACUCGUCGUCGCACGCAUUCGCGGUCCCCAGCUUGAACAGCACGGUGGCAUACACGGCUCAGGGCCUGAACGAUAUUUUGCCCGCGGGGUCAAAGGCCGAAGACGUGUGGGCGCUGCUGAGCUUGACAGCGACGGUCGACGGUCAAACCGUGACGCAUGAGCAACAAUUCGUGCCGACGUCUCUAGCCAACGCGAACCUCGUCGACCCCCAGAUCAAGAUUACCUCCACAGACGGCAUCACAUUCACUCUUUCCGCGCAGGGCGGUGUCGCGCCCUUCACAUGGUUGGACCACCCCUCGGGCACAGUCGGCUACUUUGUGGACGCGAAGUCUGACAAGCCACUGAACGGCUUCUACCUCGUUCCCGGCGUGGACCGCACUAUGCGUUUCGUGCAAUCUGCGGAACUGUCGACUGUCGCACGUCCAGCCGCAUCGGACUUCGUCGUCCGGUCGCUCUGGAACAACACCCACUUGUAGGGGUGUGCUCGUCGUUCGUUUUUGGACUUUGACACAGGGCCUGUGCACUCCGCUCGUUUCCUGCACCUGCGUCUGUGUUCGACGCGACUCCAGUACCCACCUCUCGUUUUGCCUUCGUUGGCUUUCGUCUCUAUAACCUAGCUGCUUUCAUUUCAUAUACUAAUACAUUCG